GCGAAACAACAAAAUGCUGGACAGAGGCAGUCAGCGAGACUGGAGUAGGAAGCAAGCAGCAGAAGGGCGAGAAGACUUCAGCACGCCAGCGACGGAGACAAGGCCUAACCUGAGAUCUGCCUCUCCAACCGGUACUUCUUUCCGAUCCGAGGGUCCCUGUGGUGAGCGCUCUCUCCCUUCCCCUCCUCCCCUUACCCUUUAGCUGGAGCACCUCGCUUUCUCGUGAGCCAGUGAGGAGUGGCGUUCUGUCGCCGUUUUUAACCCCUCCAUCUGGCUGCAUUUUCUUGGGGGUUGGGUUCCGAGACUUCUGAGGGUUUGAUCUUCCGUGAUUUCUCAGUAAAAGAACGGUCUUGUAGGCAAAUUGUUGGUAUUUUUAUGUGCCGGGUUGUUUUUUAUGUUUUGCUUCAUGCAUUGGUCGAAGGCGGUCGUUUUGGUCUCGAUUUGCUGAUUGGAUUUUGAUGAGGUGCAAAAAGGUCGGUUCUUGGAGAUGAUCUGCUUGUUUGCGUCGAUAGGGGUUUGGCGUUCUUGAUUUAACGUUUUUAUCCUUUCAGGUCUGCUGUCUGGCUUAUGUUUUGAUACUUGCUUUUGCUAGGACCUGUUAUAGUACCAAAAUGAAGUGAUUUGGACUCGAGAAUAGGUGGUUUAUUUUGCUUACACGAGUUCUCUACGUUGUUGUGCUCGAAGGAAUUGGUUUAAUUUAUUCGCCGUGUUCGUGUCUUUAGUUUUUCUUUUCCUUUUUGAGUAGGAAUAAUUGGGUACGUUGACGUGGUAUCCAGUAAUGGUUUUAUUCUUGAUUCUGGAGCACUUCACUAUUAAGAUAAUUUAUAUUCAUUGGAGUUAGUUCUACGCCUGGAAAUGGGAUACCUAGUGAAAAUAUGCCGUGAUUAUGCUAGAAUUCUGCCUACACUGACCUUUUCAGGCAAGUCUUAAUUGCCAAUCGACCAGUGCUCUUUGUUUCCAUUUUGUCUGCAUCAAUCUGCAACGUAAACUGAUUUUAUUGAUUCAAACUUUAUCUGGAGAGAAGCACCAUAACUUGGUACACUAGACGUCUAGUAGAGCUGUAAUGGCUGUUGCGGAUACCCAAAAUCCUUUAUUAGGUGAAAUGACUUGUGGAUCUUUGCUUCAACACUUGCAGCUAAUAUGGGAUGAGGUUGGUGAGAGUGAUGAGGAACGUGAUAAGAUGCUGCUUCAGCUGGAACAGGAAUGCCUGGAUGUUUAUAAGAGGAAAGUUGAGCAGGCUUCAAAGAUGAGGGCCCUUCUUCUACAAUCCUUGGCUGAUUCUAGAGCUGAGCUUGCCAGUGUUCUAUCUGCACUUGGAGAAAAUUCUUUUGCUGGCAUACCUGAUAAGUCCUCAGGCACAAUCAAGGAGCAAUUAGAAGCUGUUGCACCACUUUUGGAGGAGCUGGGGAAACAGAAAGAGGAAAGGAUAAGGGAAUUUGCUGAUGUGCAAUUGCAAAUUGAUAAAAUCCGUGAAGAAAUUGCUGGAACUUUGAAGAUUGGACAGCAAAUUGAGACACCUGUAGUUGACAAGGAAGAUUUGUCAUCAAAGAAGUUAGGAGAGUACCAAUCACAAUAUCAAGAACUUCAGAAAGAAAAGAGUGAUAGGCUGCACAAGGUUCUCGACUUCGUUAGCACAGUGCAUGAUCUUUGUGCAGUUCUGGGGUUGGAUUUUUUCAGUACUGUAACAGAAGUUCAUCCUAGUCUGAAUGACUCUGUUAGUGUACAAUCAAAGAGCAUCAGCAAUGAUACAUUGUCCAAGCUCUCUACAAUGAUUGUGGAACUUAAAGAAGAUAAAAAGCUGAGGCUUCAAAAGCUUCAAGAUCUAGCUGCUCAGCUCACUGAUCUUUGGAAUUUGAUGGACACACAAAUGGAGGAACGCGAGUUGUUUAGUCAUAUCACUUGUAACAUAUCUGCAACAGUAGAUGAGGUUACUGUUCCUGGAGCCCUGGCCCUUGAUUUGAUUGAACAGGCUGAAGUAGAAGUUGAAAGGUUAGAUCAACUAAAGGCGAGCAAGAUGAAGGAAAUUGCUUUCAAGAAACAAACUGAGCUCGAAGACAUUUAUGCUCGGGCACACAUAGACAUUGAUCCUGAAUCUGCCAGAGAGAAAAUAUUGGCUCUAAUUGACUCUGGAAAUGUUGAGCCAUCAGAAUUACUUGCAGAAAUGGAUAGUCAGAUACUGAAAGCCAAAGAGGAAGCCAUGAGUAGGAAAGAAAUAUUGGACAAAGUUGAAAAAUGGAUGUCAGCUUGUGAGGAAGAAAGUUGGCUUGACGAUUACAGUCGGGAUGACAACAGAUAUAACUCAAGUAGAGGUGCACAUUUAAAUCUCAAACGUGCAGAAAAAGCUCGCAUACUGGUUAACAAGAUUCCAGCUCUUGUUGAUACUCUGGUUGCUAAGACUCGAGCUUGGGAGGAGGAUCGUGGCAUCUUAUUCAUGUAUGACAGUGUUCCGCUUCUUGCUAUGCUAGAGGAAUACACCAUGCUAAGACAGGAAAGAGAGGAGGAAAAACGAAGACAGAAGGAUCAGAAGCGCAUCAUCGAGCAACAUGCCACAGAUCAAGAAUCCGUCAUUGGCUCAAGGCUUACUCCAGCUGCACGUCCACUUGGCUCAAAGAAGGUGGUCGGACCUCGAACGAAUGGAGGUGCAUCAAAUGGGACUCCUAGUCGAAGGUUAUCCCUCAAUGCACACCAGAGUAGUGGCAACGGUGCUGGAUCCAUGAGCAGGGACGGAAAGAGAGACAGCAACAGGGCAGCAGCUCCAGCGAACUAUGUUGCCAUAGCCAAAGAGGAUGCAGCCUCACAUGCGUCUGCCACUGACCAACUCCCUGCUACACCAUGAGGAGAUUUCUUGAAUAAAUUUUCACAUAUUGUAUUAAUUAUCGAUCUCGAUGUUCAUUUUGGGUUACUAUUAUUAGCAAGGUUAAGAAGCUGAACAUGAGCGUUUGAUAAAAGUUCCUUUCUUGAUAAAUUAUUCUGGUAGCCUUAUAAACAUAAUAUUUGUCAUUGUAAGAACGCAUGUAAUUUGUUCAUCUUUAUCUAAGCAUAUAUUAGUAUUCUUCA